CAAGAAUUCUUUAGGUAAGAGGAAAGAAGGAAGAUAACAAAAAGAUGAGCAAGUGAAAUGGAUAUGUGCAAAUUCCUCAGCAACAAGAAGGAGUGUGCACCUAGGCCAUAAAAAUGGGGAUGCAGUGGUAUUUAGAAGCAGUAUUUAGGAAUCACCCUUCUUGCAACUCCAACAAAUUAUUUCAGUUGUUAAAAAUUGCAAAAAUAUCACUCAUAGUAGCAACAUAAACAAGUAUUGAAUCUGCCACCAUUUACUAGAUACCAGGUGCAAGAUCCACCAUGCCCCUCUUGGUUGAACCAGGGAAGCAUUGCUGACUCUUGGGAUACCUCUUUGUAUAGGCCAAUGCCUCUUGUUGUUAUAUCCCAAAGUUUAAAGAGGAAUACUCAAGUAGUCCUCAAAAUAGACCUCAUCCAACACUAGAGACACCCUGAUAGAUGACCCUGGAGAAUGACCCUUGAGACGAUAUAUUUUAUAUUGUUGGCUUUUACUAAAAAGCUGAUUAAAUUGUUGAUUUUCAAUGCUGUACACAGGCACACAUACAUUGAUCAAUAUCAUUGGGAACCCUCCCACUCCCCCAUACAACACCUACUAGAAUUCUGUUUGAAUUUUCUUCAAUUCAUGUGUCUGUCACUCUUUUCUAGUAGCUGUUGGGGACUGCAGGGACCAAGAUACAGUUCACACUGUCAGUUGACAAUUAAAACAGUUAUAAGGUAGAAAAACACAGUGUGUGGGUUUUGGGCCAUCUUUUUACCUUGUAAUGACUCUUGGGAUUAAAAAUUUGGAUUUGCAAUAGCUCAUGCAUCAUGUUUAAGUAGAAAGGAUAGGAAGGAACUCAAGUGUGCAAAACUUACACAUGGGAAUAAAAUUUGAGCAUGUGCCCCGUUGUAAACUGUAGAACAAAUCAGUUUUUCAGUCAAAGUGUCUGUAUUGUCAAUUUUGGAUCCAACUCUACACAAUAAAGUUGGUUCUGCUGCUUGUGGGGAUGACUGGUGUAACCAUUUUUUUCAGCAGAAAAUCUUAGUUAUUUCUGUCUUUGUUGUAUUCAGUGCAUCUGUUGUAUUCCAAGAAGAAUGCAGCUGCUGUUCCUCCAGAUAUCUUGUUUAUGAAAUCAAUUCACCUUGACACCACUGACAACAACAAGACCAGUCUUCUUUGCAGUACCAAUUUGUUACUAUGAGAUGGUAUUCUUUUAGGAAUUCAACUGUUUUUGCUACUGUGCAUUGGCCAAUGCUACUAACAAAGAUUCCUCUACUAUAAUCUCCACUUCUGCAACAGUAAUACUGCAAGAAGUACUAUAAAUUAGUUUGUUCUUCAUUUGGUUUUGCUCAGUAAAAUAAUUCAACAUUGUAAUUGUAACAACUUGGUGGUCAAAAUCACUACACUAUUACUAGUGACAAGAAUCAUUUGGCUGGUGUCUAGAAGCCCUUUCAGCUACUAGUAGACCAGUCUUCUGUUUGGGUUGUAAAUAUGAAAAAGUUAACUUGUUUACAUUCAAAAAAAUUUCAGAUGUAGUACCACAAAAAAUCAUGUAGUUAUUGAUGUCUACUAGUAGUACAGGAGUGACCAAAUUGCACCUACUAAUUUCUAUCAAUACACAACAAGUUGGGCAUUUCUUCUUAGCUAAGCCAAGACAAAGUGGGGGUGAAAGAGGAAGAGAAAGCGAUUUUUAAUACAAACUGGUGUUCUUUGUUUACAAUUAUUAGUUAGAUUGAUUUUGCCUUUCCUUGGAAUUCAUAUUGCAACAAAGACAUUACUAAAAUAUUUUAGAAUCAUCAUCAGGGAACAAGAAAUAGGUGGAGGAGUAUGUAAUGCAACACAAAGGAGAAAAUUGCUGGUAGAGGGCUCAAACAUUAUUGGAAAUGGUUGGUGAAAUGGAAUAGUUCUGAUGUCUAAAGCAAUAUAUUACAUUCAAACACAAGGUAUUUCUUAUUGGUGGGAUUACACAAUGCUGCAAUAUCAAGAAGAAAAAACUGAAUGCAUAUUUGAGUCCAAAAUUUCAAACCACUUGCACCACUAGUAAUGUUGGAGCAAAAAGUGUUCAAAACCAUUAAAAAACAAAAAUGGGACCAUAAAAUCCAAACCUCCCUUAUUGUUACUAGUACUGCUAGCAUACUAAGCAAAUCUCUGCUUGCAACAAUGGAGGUGAAUUUGUUGUGGGCCAGACAAGAAGCAACAGGGGUCAUGAAUCAAAUCAGAAUGAAUAAUCAGCAUGAAUGGAAAUCUCACUGGUAGGGACAAAGUGCUGGCAAAACUAUUAUUGAUUUAGAACACAAAAACAUCUGUGCUUGCCAUAAUUUUCCUGUACACUCCAAGAAUCACCUUGUGUUUUUUUGUUAACAGAAAUUUUGCUCUUGAAUUCUUUUGUUGCUGUGAUACAAUAACACAUGCUCUUGCCAGAACACUUUUACCAUUGCUCUGAGAGGGGACACUCACUAGAGGUCGUGGCUGUUUCCAACAAGUUCCCUGAUGAUUCUACUGGUAAUAGUACUAAUAAAUGAAGAAAUUUGCAUGUGCAUGUUUCAGAGAAAAUGGAAGGAACUGGUUCAUAGUUUUGAAGGACAAGAGCCAUACCAUUUAGGGUUGUUGGGGUCAAAGGAAAAAAAAGGAAAUUAAAAAUGAAAAGGCAGCAAUAGGAGGGACUCACCUUUAGUAGCUAAAUCAAUUCUAGCAGCAUCACUUGCUUGCAUGGUUGUUUUGUAGUGAAAGUGUCAAUAAGGCAGGAGCUGAUGGCAUCACUUUAGUAACAGGAGCACCAACUGUUUGAGACUCUCUUUCUUGAAGAAAGCAUCCUGCUGGACAAGCACAUCCUUCAGAGCGUGAUGCAAUCAGGUUACUAGUACUGUCCAGAUGAGGCCCAGUAACAUGGGCAUUGGUGCCAAAGAAGGAGGCUGGUGGAAAUACAGCUUGGAAUAGAGCAGGGUGCUUUUGUCUGACACAGUAACAACUGCUGGUGUUGGAGACAACAGCAGUCCUACAGAAGAUCCAAGAGAGAUUAUGCUUGCAGCAGCUUCUGCAAGCAAAGUGGGCAGCUAUUGGGGGGGGGGAACAACAGGAUACUCCUAGGAAUCCAGCCAGCAGACCAAACUUGGGAAAAGUGGUGUGUUGUGAUGGCACUGAAAGUGGUAGUAGUAGCAAUGUAAGGAAAAUGAGGAGUUGGAGCACUACUACUAGUAGUACUACUACUACUAAUACCAGCAGGGAGACUACAAAGAGAGUCUACAAGAGAAGUGUUGUGCUUGAUGUCACCAGUACCAGCACUACUAAUGAUGGUGUUGGUGGUUAAAGUAGUACCACCAGCUACAGUUAAUAGUAGGAUCACUUGCCAGGAAUGCUAGGAGCAAGAAGCAUGCACAAGCAAUAACAACAGCAAGAAGACAACCAUCUAACUGCAAGAAGCAGCAGCAACAAGAAGUACUAGUAGUAGCAGAAUGAAGCAAGAAACAACAGCAAGAACAUCAACACCAGAAUGCUGCUGAAACACCACAACUAGCAACCACAACUGAAAUGGAAGUGCUGGUGAUUGGUGUUCUAAGGAGGAACAACAAUGUAAUUAGUAUCCAGGACAUGUGGUGGUGAUCAGCAGCCUCAAAUUUUCAAGAAGGCAUUACUACCAUUGCUGUUGGCACCACCAGCACCAACUUGUAGGACUACUAGUAGCUACUACUAGUAGUAGCACCACCACUCCAGCAACCACCAUCUUUCUUACUAGUACUGCUAACCUCCCUCCAUUAUUGCUACCAUUUUGUGUGAAGCGCUACCAGUUCUACUAAUAGUAGUUGUACUACUGCCAGUACUACUAGUAAAAACCAAGCAAUGAAGACGAGGACAAUGGCACCAGAAAAGAAGAAGUUGUGGCAACAUGAAAAAAAUCACCAGAAAACAACAGGAAAGAACAACAACAAAGGAGAAAUCAUAUGAAUGAUGAUGGCUUUGGAUGUUUCUUCUUCUUCUUCUUCUUCCCUUGUUGCUACUACUAGGGACAACAACAACAACAAAGAAAACAUACAUGAUAUAUAAAAGUGUCAUAUUGAGCACCAUAUCAGUUGGAGGUUGGGAAGAGGCCAAAGCCCAAAAAACACAAUGGCAUGUGCAUGGGUUCUGCAGACACUGCUUUUACUGCUUUAAGUAAGGGAUGAAUGCUGUUGGAAUUGCCACACAAUUCAAUAGUACAAUACUUCUAAUAUUUUUGAAGGUCAGUGUGUGGUAAUUUGUAUGUAUUAUAUGAACUUGAAAAUUUGCAUCGAAGGUAGCAGAAGUUAAGAGCUCCUGUGGUCUAGGGGUGAUGACGUCUCCUUUACACGGAGAAGAUCGGUGGUUCGAUUCCACCCAGGAGUAAAUUUUUGUUUUAGGAAUUUCGUAACGCAGGUCACCACAACUCUUCCUCGUUGGUCGUGCCGAGUGAUCGUUUGCUCCCGUGCAGCAGUCGCACUAGUACUUAGCGUACGUACGUUGUGUACGAGUACUCACCCCCCGCUCUUUUGGGCUCUGGGCUCGUUUUUCGUUUUCUUUCUCGGAUUCGAAGGAAGGAAUCUAUCCGGGCCGGCAACAAACGCCGUGCGAUGCUUCUCUUUUUCCCCGAGCUUCGUUCCGCUGCCCGCCCGGCCGCCGCCGACACAGGCGUGCGAACCGUACGUGCAUUGCGCUCCGUACGGUACCAUACCCACGGCCCGCGUCGUUCGGGCCGGUGUGUUCCGUUUUCCUUCUCGGCGUCGACGGAAGGAAUCCAUUGUGUCCACCCGUUGAGGGACGAAACGCCAGCAACGAACGAACGAACGAACGCCGUGCGAUGGUUCUCCUUUUCUCCGUUCCGUUCCGUUUCGUUUCGUUCCGUUGCCCGGCCACCGACCACACCGCGGCGGCGAAGCGCACCCCGCAACGAAGGCCUCGCCAACAGGGAUCGCCGUGUGCGACGAUCAACAGCACGGUGCGUUCCUACAGCCACCAGCGCCGUCGCUGGGCAGCUCCACACAAGGCUUUCCCGCCUCGUGCCGUCCCGCGCUGCGGUUUCCGGUCGUUCCGUCACCCCCUAGGGCUCCGAGCACGAGCGCAGGGCAUCGCAUCGCAUCAAAGUCGCUCCCCGGGUGUGUGGAUUCCAUCCGUGCCUAUCGUUUUGGCGCCGGAGGGAUCCGGGUCCGGACCGAGUGCCGGUGCCGUGCACAAGCGCUCGAGCACCGGAUUCCGCAUGGCAUGGCAUGGCAUGGCAUGGCAUGGCAUCGUGCGAAACGGAAGGGAAGGCAACGGACGCGACGCGACGCGAUGCGAUGCGAUGCGAUGCAUGCCAUUUGCGAGGAGGUGGCACAACGUACUUAAGGUACGUACCGUGUUGCCGGGAUCAUGAGCUUUCAGGUCAUGCCUAAGGGUCACAUGCAGAGAUUGAUAAUUCGACGAAAAUAAGACAAGAGUAGUUGGAAUCUCGCGAUAGCUCAGUUGGUAGAGCGGUGGACUGUAGAAUGAUAUAGUAAAUCCAUCGGUCACUGGUUCGAUUCCGGUUCGCGAGAUCUUUUUGCGUAUCUUUUGUCUUUUGCUCCGCGCGGGGUAUCUAUCCAGGAUCUACCGGUGUGCCCGCGUCGUCCAAUGCCUCAUACUACGUACAGCACCAGUACGUACUGUACUAGGAGUCAGGGGUCAUAACCCCUGCUACGAGUAACAGGAUAGUUGACUCUGGCACGCGCAGCGUUUUUUUACACACGACACCCAUUUUCGAAAGGUCGAAGUUGCGAGAGCCGCAACGAAACCCGCCGUGUCAUUGGAACGCCCACUCCACCCAACCCCUCACCAAAACCGCAGCAACCGCAAGUGCAACUUCCGGAACGCAACCCGCCCUACAAUACCACCAGAGGCCCUCCGAACCCCCCCUGGGGCCCGCCGCGAGAAACCCCGACGGAUCGAAGAACAGAACGCUCCCGACGUUCCCGCCGAUGGAAACACACGCACGUUUCUGUUCCACACCGGAGGGCAAUGUCGUCGUCGUCGUCGUUGCGAGAGAGGAAGCGACCGGUUCGCCGCCUCCACAUCAUCGUCGGGAGCAGCCAGGCCGGUCUGCCAACCCGGAGCAUCCGGCACCACUUCGGGGACCCCUCCGUGACGGUGGAAGACUGGCUGCGAAGGUUUGCCAGGCUCCACCGCCACGUCUUUGAAGAGUGCUUCCACGGCGGGGCCUUCCAGCCCCUCGAGGUCGUCCCCGUGCGCAUCUUUGUGGCCGGCCGGGGUUUCUUUGCCGGGGAGCGCCCGAAACCGGUGCCACCGCUCCUGCCCUUCCACCCGGACGCUAGGCUCUGGGACUGCAUCGCCGGCGUUGGGUAUUUCCGCCGCUACGCCGGGUACAUCUAUCUUCGGAUCCUCGCCAGGCGGCCCCGGGUCGAUAGGGGCGUUCGAGGCACCGCUGUUGCGGUCGCCCAGCCUCCCGCGGCUGCCGCCACAAACCGCAGGGGCAAGAGCAGCAGCAGCAGCAGCAUUAGCAACAACAACAACAACAACCACUACUACCACUACCCACCCUUUCGAUCGUUUUGCAUUCCCCCCUCCCACAAGGACGACAACAACACACGGCUGCGAAAAGAGACGCUCCGGUUUGCCCGCAAAAUCCUCGAGGACUAUCCCAAGUUUGUCACCCCCAUCGUUCCGUUUCAGAACCCGGCGAGGCAUUGCCACCAGAGCCCACAGGCCAUGCGGAUCUUUUUCGGAAAAGAAUAUCCAAAACAUUGCAGGAACCAAAGCAAACACAAACACAAACACGCGAGGGGUCCGCCGAAAAAAGAGGUUUUGCGAAGCAUCUACGGUCCGCUCUCGGUUCUCAGGACCACCGGCUUCCACCCAAUGAGGGAUUUCAAGGUCCGUCCGUUUACGCCCGAAAUCGCGGCGAUUUGCAGGUUGCUGGAACAGGAAUUGUCCCGGCACCCGCGUUUUUCGAAGCAAGAAGAGGCCCGGGAAUUCGAUUUCAACUUUUUGGAGAUCAAGUUGUACAAGGGCAGGGACAUCUUUACCGACCCGCUCACGAAGAGGCCCUUCCGGGACGACCACAACCAGCCCAUCCGGGUCGACUGCAACAAAUCGGUGGGCCUCCACAACGACUGCUCCUUCGACGACGAUGGAAACCAGGACCCGAGGGACACGGCCCGGGGGGACCACCCGAUCGCAACGAUCACCAUCGGGAGCCCGCGGGAGCUCACCUUUGUGCAGAUGGAGAAGAGAAAGUCCCCCGCGCGGAACGGAAGCACCGCCCGGGGCCGGUGGACCGUCUGCCACCCGGCCCGGCGAAGGUUCUGGCUGGACCACGGGAGCGUCUUUUGCCUCAUGCCGGGCGACGAGGUCCCGACGCUUUCCCGGGCAAAGGUCCCCUGCGGCGACCGCGGCCGCACCCUCUACAAGACCAUGCACAAGGCCGAGUUCAAGGCGGACGGGGUGUCGAUCGGCCUCGUCUUUCGGUCGGUGCGGACCUCCUCCUGCUUUUGCCAGCGCUCCCACCGGUGGCUGUGGCGCAGGGACCCGAGGUACCGGACGAAGGUGGAGGAGCACCUCGCGAGCAAGAAGGGCGUGUACGAAACCUACGCCCGCCAGCAGGCGCAACCGCCGGCGCCGUCGGCUCUCGCACCCGGCGGUCGCCAGGCGCCCCCCAGGCGCGAAGUGGAUCUGAUCCACGGGAACAUCGAUCGGUAUCUGCAAACGCUGUCGUGAGGCGGUGGUCGAACGAGUACCGUACCGCAACGCAACGCAACGGUUCGGAACAAAGGGUCUGUCUGUGUUGUGCCCGAAGGCUCGCCAGAGCCGAACGACUGUUGCUACCGCGGCUCGGCCGCGUGUGCGAUUCCGAGGACUACAGAGCGUGUGCCAUAAACCCCGGGUCGGUGUGGAAGAAAAAAUACUAGUAUAUUAGUAUCCUCCCGGGUUUGGAACGGAUUCGAUUCGAUUUUUGGUUGUUCGAAGCACGGUACCAUACGUACUUGUACGUGUAGCAGUAGCUGUACUAUUAAGCUGUUCUCUGUACGGUAAUACGUACGUACGGUACGUACGCACUUCAUUGUUUUUUUCGUAUCCCCCAGAUGGUACGUAGAAUACGUACACUAUGUACUAUGCUAGAGGGACGGUCGGCUAGGCUUGCCUCAAUCCGCGUCCGCUUUCGUGCAGAAUUAACCCUAUCGUACCGUACGUACGUACUGUACGGUAUUAUCGUUCGGGAAUUGGCAUGUUUCUUUAUUGCAGCACGACUUCGUACGAUUACGAGAACGUACCGUACUACUGGUACUUUCUCCUUUAUUAGUAAUGUACUUCUAAUUAAUUAAUACUUCUAUU